UAAUUAACUUAUGAGACCGUCCUCUUUGAGGACGAAGCGUGCUCAAACAGGCUCGUGAUCGGAAGCAACGCCUACGGCAAGGAAACAGCGCAAAUAUGACAUGAACUGAUGGAGGACACGACACAUGCGCAUGCAUCGUCUCCUUCCCCUGACGGUGUUUUAUUUGCGCUAUUUUCUUCCAUGUGACACCAACAAGGGCAAAUUCCUCCCAUUCGGAAGCACCGGUUCGUCGAAGGACGUUUGGCUGUUUACGCUGGGGAUUCCGGCCGUCUGAGAGCUUUGCGUCCAAGACAAAGGGCUACAUUGUUUAUAUGCGCGGCUUCAAUCGGUGCGCAGGCCGCAGUCUGUAAAAUAUUUAGCGCAUGGCUGACAGAUGACGUUGCCUGGUUGAUAGCCCGGUGGAGCAAGUUACAUCCGAUGGGGAAAAAGCAAGGCUGUGCGUAGAAUGUUCAAAAAGAGGAAAAAGAGCGCUAAUUGCGAUCUCCAAGCCGAAGGCCAUGCCGAAGUGCAAGGACCGUGUACCAGCUUGAUGAGAGUGCCCUGCAUUCCGCGCAUGCACUUGCUCGCUCUCGGACUCCUCCCACGUUCGCCGUUGAGUCAAGUCGGUCAUUGGACCUGGCGUGGCUCGCUUGACAAGGACGGCAGACGGCGGAAGCCCGCCGCCGCCGGCCUACGCCGACGGCGAAAAAGUGAGCGCGUUGGGCUGCCGACGCCGCCGACGCUUUCGGAGCCUCCGCCAGUGCCGAGAAAAGAAGGUCGCGGUGAACCGGUUUAUCGCAGGCACGACCGGUCUCGUUCCUUGACGCCGGUCACACACGAGGCGCCGCCGCCGCCGUCGCUGGCCACCGUGCACUCGCCCACCGAAGCCGAAGCACUUUCGAAGAGACGCGCCUAACUUUCUCGCAAGAUUGCAGCUGUUUGGCGCGAAGGGAAGCGAAGCCGACUUCUUCCUGCGGACCGUCGUGUGUGCGCCUGCGCGUGCGAGAAAUAGAAGCUUAUCAAGCCAACAUGAAGAAUUUAGGUACCGCAGCUCCCGACAGCUGUGUUCGUGAAGAAUCCAGCGACCAGCCCACUUGUAGAAGACGGAAAGUGAAAUGAACGGCUACUGUGUCGGACCAAGAGCUCAUUCACGAAACCAUUCGCGGGAUCGCGGCUACUCGCCUGAUACAGCAUGGAGCGUGUUUUGCAGUGAAUCAACGAGUUUGUGCUAGUUAUGACGCUUUCGCCCAUGACACCGACGCAUUGCCGCUGUUUUCACAGGAUACGCAAAUGAGCGGUGUUCAUUCAAUCGCUCGAGUUGCACGUCUCCGCUUGCAAGCGGGAUCAAAAGGGAUACAGCUAAGUGGCAAUAGUUUAUGUUUACGAGUGUGAUAGAGAGUUGAUGACACGAUUCGGCAAGUGCACCUGCGAUAGGAACUCUUCGCGACACUCUUGAACGACUAGUCUUCGGAACGUGUUCAGCGUACUGCCAAAGAUGCAGUCGAUAGCAGCCCGCCUGGCGGUCUACUCCCUUUGUGUGUUCGGCGUGUUUGUGAUAAUCUGGUGCAAUCUCUCGGGUGUUCCACCGAAGUACAAACACCAAACGUUGAAUUUGCCGCCGUUAUCCUCGAUCGGGCCUCUUGUCGCACCGGUGGAAACCACCACUGACGCUGCCUCUGCGGCUUGCGAGGCCGCGCGUACUUCCGCUUCUCACAGGAAGGUGGACGUGGUGUUUGUGGCCAAGUGGGCCUAUCGAAAUAUGAAAGUGACACGAACUAUGAGCCACUGCCUCAAAAGCAUGCUGGCCCGCACGAAGAGUUCGGUUCGCUUCCACGUGCUGGCCGACCCUCAAAGUUACAUGAGACUCAGCCGCGCGCUUGUCAGUGUCCAAAAGGAAUCAAAAAGAAAGUUUCAGUUCUUUCUGUACAACGUAACUGCUGUGGAAGCGAGCAAUAGGGAAGUGAUCGAGCUCAUGCGUCUGCUCUUCUUCACCAAAGAUGUCGGCCGAUACAACGACGACAUGUUCUUCAUCACCGAAAUCUUUCACCGAGUGUUCGACCUGGAGCGCAUUCUGUUCAUCGAUCUCGACCUCAAGUUCGAAGAGGACGUCGCGAAGCUGUACGGGCACUUCGACUGCUUCGACAACGAGACCCUGAUCGGCAUUGGCCACGACUUGCAGCCGCAGUAUCGCGUCGACUUUCAGUCGUACAUCGACGCGCAUCCCGGUACCGAUGUGGGCAUGCCGAGGCCCGGUAAGCAGGGGUUCAACACGGGCGUCAUGCUCAUGGACCUGGCCGCGAUGCGCUCGUCCAAGCUUUACAACGAGCUGCUCACCUACGAAAAGCUGGCACCAAUCUGCGUGAAGUACGGCUUCAACGGGUCGCUGGGACAUCAGGACUUCUUCACGCUCGUUGGGAUGGAGUACCCCGAGUUGUUCUUCGUGCUGGAUUGUACGUGGAACCGGCAGCUGGACACCGGUUGGGCCCACACCGUGAACGAGACGAUGUUCGAUGCCUACCACAGGUGUCCCGGAAAGGUGCGCAUCUAUCACGCCAAUGGAGGUGCCAGGAUGCCGAUUCCCGGCAGUGAACACUGGUGGGGGAAGACAUUACCCAGGAGAAAGAAAAUCCCUUUGCACCUGUACCCAAGUUUCCCGAGCUAUACAACUCAAGAAAGCCGCGAGUGAAUACUCGGCUUAUGUGUACUUUGUGUGACGCAGAUUUACAGGUGCUCCAGUGUCACAGAAUAGCAACCCCCCCACAAGUUGGGGCUAGUCCAAACACAAACGUCUUUCUAUAGUGUUGCCUGCGUUGUAACCGUAAGGUUUUCAGCGAACGCAGAGUGACGCGUGUUCCUAUUGAGAGCAUGAAGGACGCUGAGCAGGACCUGAAAAAAAAAAAAAAAAGCAUCAAGAGCAAGCACUGCCAACCACUCACUUACUUUUCGCAACUGCUUUAUUUUUAUUAUUUUUUUCACAGCACUGCGUAUGCACACGUUAAUAAAUGUAUAUAUUACCGGUGCCUCUGUGACCACUGAAAAGAAGGAAAGGGCACGUUAGUGAGUCUCGUGUCAAGGAGGCUGCAUGUAGCUCAUUGUGAAAUGCGCUCGAAGCAACCUGCGUGUGUGAUUUUAGACUCAACGGUGCGAAUUUUUAAGCAUCACGGACAUUUCAAACAGUGAGUCGUAUGGUCGUUACGAUGAAUUUUUCAUUGCGCGUGAAGCAGAGCCAGGGCGAAGUUGUUUUUGACGUUUUAGGAUUUUACGAAGUAGCGUACACAUAUUGAGCGAAGAUCUUCAUGGGUACUGCAACCGUAAGUCUGUGUUCAUGCAGGAUAAAAAUAUCCUUGUAGCUGUGCUUCUGGGCAUUAAAGGAGAAUUUUCACACAAUGAUCCACGUGCACGUGCUUUAUGGAGUGAACAAAUUAGGCAUAACAGGUCGAACAUUUAGAUGGAUCGCAGAGUUCUUAAGGAACAGGAAAAUAUUUAUAGAAAGAGUUGAUGGUAAAAGCGAGGAACAACAAAUGAGUCAAGGUAUUCCACUAGAAUGUGUACUCAGUCCAUUUAUUUUUAAAUGUGCAAUGCUGAACUGCCCGAUCUCUUGCCUACUUUGCAUUAUUCUCUUUACGCAGACGACUUGCGCAUAAGGUCAUCUGGCUCCAGUGCUGAAAUCAUUCAGCAGGACAUAAUAGAGGGCGUAAAUAUUAUUAACGAGUUGUUAAAAAGCAGAGGCAUGACCUUAUGACAAAAAAUGCUGAUCUUUCUUAUACCAAAAUACCUGAAAGAAUUUCGGUUAGAGCUACAAGACAAGUCCACUUGUCGAAACGUUGGCUCCUGCUCUCACCUUGUUGUCGUGUUGUUCAUAAUCUCAGUGACUGGAGCUUGUACGGCAGCACAAGUUUCCAUGGGCGCCGUUCUUGACAGGCGGUUAUCAUGGGUUCCGCACGUAAAAGCACCAGAUGAGAAAGUGAGCUCGUUUGUCAACGUUCUUCGUCGCUUAGCAGGAAUCAGAUGGGUGGGAACAACAUCACCCUUAAUACGCGUUUACUGCGCAAUUAUUAGACAAAGGAUAUCAUAUUGUGAUCCGGUGUUUAGUGGGCUAUCUCACACCCUAGAAGAUAUUCUUCAACGACUGCUCACAAGAAGCCUUCAGAAAAACUGGGAGUACCUCGGGCAUCUGCCGGGGCGUUGGUUUUAUUGACAAGCAUCACCAGCCGUUUUUACAGACGCUGGGAUAUGUCGAAACAUAUCUCCACUAUUUUCGUUUGGCAAUUCAGCAUGCCAAUCAUCCUCUUUGUCAGUCCAUUCAAGAUUGAAACGGGGCCUGCUUGAAUUACAUAAUACCACAGUGCCGAAACCUUCUGCCUGUUCGUGAAUAUUGGCCAACGAACGUUUCGCAUCCUCCACGGCUACUGCCAUUCACAAAAAUCGUCACUUCCAUUCCCGAUCUAACCCGUAAGUGGGACAUGCCAGUGAUUGCAACCAAACAGUUAACCUUACCACACCUCUACUACAUACAGGGACCAUAUUCGAGUCUACGCAGACAUAUCUUGUAAGAAUGGGAGCUCUACACUGGCGUUAUUUAUACCGGCAUAUCAAGAGCGAAGAACAUUUAGUCAGUGUCACUUUACAAAAUCUAUGUCGGCAGAGCUCUAUGCUAUCUUUUCCGCAUUACAGUUCAUAUGUUCACACUCAGGAUCUUUGGGGUGGGCCAUUCUGAGCUAUCCGCAAGCUUCACUUUUGCGCACAGAGGAAAGCAGCUUGGAGAAUGUAAAUGGUACAUUAAUAUAGGAAAUACAAAAAGCUUACGCUACCGAAAUGCGUUUUCUCCAUGAUAUUGUAUUCCAGCGAAUACUAAGCCAUUGCGAAAUUACAGCGACCGCCACUGCAGAGGACACUGCUCGAUGCUCACCAAAAUGGAGUACUACGGAGCCCUAGCGGCGAGUGAUGCGUGUUGUCUUUUAAGUGAGAUUUGUGGUCGAAUGACCAGAGAAACUUGGUUCACAUAUGCCGAAAGCUCCAGACUAUAUAUGUGCGGUAUAGCCUAACAUGCAAUUCACUACACCCACGAAAACCAGCUGCUCAAUAGAAACAACAAUUCACAGACUACGGAUUGGUAUAGCCUAUACUAGACGCUUCUCGUACGAGAUAGGAAAAACUGACUGUGCUGUGUGCUUUCGUGUGGAGGCUGAAUAAAACAGCGCAUCUGCUGUUACACAGCAAAAAUUAUGAUACUACAUAGUAAGAGGCUUUUUGCGAAGAAAAAUGCUCUGGGUGGGAGGCCAAUAUCACUAGACAAAAUCCUGGAUGCAUGGCCAUCAGAACACUUGCAACACAAUGCAGCACGCGCAAUUUGUAGUUUCUUGUACAGAAUCGGGAUAUCCGAAAGUUACUAAAUUUUAUAACUGUAACUUUGAUCACGACGCUGUAUUUGUCGAAGUGAUUCAUUCUUUUUCUACAUUUUCGUAUACACUUGUUACCCGUAUUCACUCCCAUUGUCGUGUUACUGUGGUUCUUCUAUGUGUGCUUGUAUGCGC